AUGGGGCGUGAAUCAAAUAAACUUGUUACUGGUACCGGCGGAGUGCCGAGCCGUACUCCAGAGGGGCUCGAGGACAAUGGCGAAGGGUCGUGUGGAGCGUCCUGGACAUUUAUCUCAUUUUACCUCCACUGCCUCUAUCCUUUGAUAGAGAAAAACGCGCACAUCAUCAAUAGAGUGGCCCGAGGCGUGCAAUUGGUGCCCACUGCACGAGUGGGCAUGAAGCCAGGCCUACAGCGCGAGGCAACCGAUGGAUGCUCGACAGCUGUGCAAGCGUCGUCUCCGUCUGCUGAAACGACUGACUCACCAGACAUUGACAGAGCCUGCAUAAAUUCCAACAAAUUUGAACCGUUCUCCGACUCCAGCUUCGCACCAAUCCUCGAUCACCGAUAUGGUGGAUGGGACGAAGAGUUUCGGCCAGAGGCCUUCCGACGCUUCUUCAUCAACUACGCCCUCAUCUCAAGGGUCUGGACACUACCUUCAGAGAAGUACAUCUAUCGCUCUGCUAGACUGAAAUGGGCUAGUCAGUGGCAUUCCUUCCGCUCUGGUCUCACAAACCCACGACGAGGUGAAGCUCUGAGGAACU